AUGACAGGAAGGAACCAAACUGUCAUCUCAGAGUUCUUCCUCCUGGGCCUGCCCAUCCACCCAGGGCAGCAAAACCUGUUCUACGCCCUGUUUCUGGCCAUGUAUCUUACCACUGUCUUGGGGAACCUCCUCAUCAUCAUCCUCAUUCGACUGGACUACAACCUUCACACGCCCAUGUAUUUGUUUCUCAGCAACUUGUCUUUCUCUGACCUCUGCUUUUCCUCUGUCACAAUGCCCAAAUUGUUGCAGAUCAUGCAGAGCCAAGACCUAUCCAUUCCCUACACAGGCUGUCUGACCCAAAUGUACUUCUUCCUGUUUUUUGCAGAUCUGGAGAGCUUUCUCCUUGUGGUCAUGGCCUAUGACCGCUAUGUGGCCAUCUGUUUCCCUCUGCACUACAUCACCAUCAUGAGACCCAAGCUCUGUCUCUCCCUGGUGGUGCUGUCCUGGGUUCUGACCAUGUUACAUGCCAUGUUACAUACUUUGCUCAUGGCCAGAUUAUAUUUUUGUGUAGACAAUGUGAUUCCUCAUUUUUUCUGUGAUACGUCUGCUCUGCUGAAGCUGGCCUGCUCUGAUACUCAAGUUAAUGAGUUGGUGGUAUUUAUCAUGGGAGGCCUCAUCCUCGUUAUCCCAUUCCUACUUAUCAUCGUGUCCUAUGUGCGAAUUGUGUCCUCCAUCCUCAGAGUCCCUUCUGCUAGUGGUAUCCGUAAGGCCUUCUCCACCUGUGGCUCCCACCUCUCUGUGGUGUCACUAUUCUAUGGGACUGUUAUUGGCCUCUACUUAUGCCCAUCAGCAAGUAAUUCUACUCUGAAGGAGACUGUCAUGGCUAUGAUGUACACUGUGGUGACCCCCAUGCUGAACCCCUUCAUCUACAGCUUGAGGAACAGAGACAUGAAGGGAGCCUUGCAAAGAGUCAUUUGUAAAAGGAAAAUUCCUUUCUCUCUCUGGUGUUAA